AUGCCGGAGGUCCCAGACCGAUCUCUACGCAUUUGCGCCGACCGAGGCGGCACCUUCUGCGACGUGCACUGCUCGUACCCAGACCCUGAGAACACUGAUGGCGAGCGUAAAGAGAUCGUAGUGAAGCUUCUGUCUCAGGAUCCUGCGAACUACCAGGAUGCACCGACUGAGGGUAUCAGGCGCAUACUCGAACAGGUCACGGGUAAGAGUAUACCGAGAGGCGAGAGGCUUGAUACGUCCAAAAUCGAUUAUAUCAGGUUGAGCACGACUGUCGCGACGAACGCGCUGUUGGAGCGUAAAGGCGAGAAGCACGCGUUGCUCAUCACGCAGGGCUUCAAAGACUUGCUCUUGAUCGGCAACCAGUCCCGUCCUAAGAUCUUCGACCUCAAUAUCCGUCGCGCACCACCACUAUACGAUACUGUCGUCGAAGUAGACGAGCGCGUCACACUCGUGGGAUACACCAGCGAUCCCAAAGCAGAGGAGCACAAGAUACUGUUCACGGAUGAUGGAAAGGUCGAGCGAGGAUACAGAGGCAAGGGCUGGGACGGCGAGGGCGACGCCGAAGGGCCGGGCGAGAUCGUGCGUGGGAUAUCCGGAGAGGCCGUGAGGAUAUUGAGGAAGCCGGACGAUAAAGCCAUUCGCGGCGACUUGCAGAAGCUCUAUGACGACGGCUACCGCUCCAUCGCCGUCGUCCUCGCGCACUCGUACACCUUCCCCGAACAUGAACUCCUCCUCGGCAAGCUCGCGCGCGAGGUUGGGUUCGAGCACAUCUCGCUCUCCUCCCAGCUUCUCCCUAUGAUCAAGAUGGUGCCGCGUGGUGUCUCCAGUACAGCCGAUGCCUACCUCACACCCAUUCUGCGCCAAUAUCUCGACGGCUUCUUCGCCGGAUUCGACUCCAAGCUCCGCGACGAGACGGUGAAGAGUCCGAGGGUGGAGUUCAUGGGCAGUGACGGUGGCCUUGUCGACGCGGCGAGGUUCAGCGGUCUGAAGAGUAUCCUCAGCGGACCGGCUGGCGGUGUAGUAGGCUACGCACUGACGAGCUGGGACGAGGAGAAGAAGACGCCUGUUAUCGGACUCGAUGUUGGCGGUACCUCAACCGACGUCAGCCGGUUUGAUGGACGCUAUGAGGUCGUGUAUGAGACGACUACGGCCGGCGUAACGAUUCAAAGUCCUCAGCUGGAUAUCAACACUGUUGCGGCCGGCGGUGGAUCGUGUCUUGCGUGGCGCAACGGCUUGUUUACUGCAGGUCCCGAGAGCGCAGGCGCACAACCCGGCCCCGCAUGCUACCGGAAAGGCGGUCCCCUGGCAGUAACAGACGCCAAUCUUCUCCUCGGUCGUCUCAUCCCAGACUACUUCCCCAAGAUCUUCGGCAAGACCGAAGACCAGCCUCUCGACAUCGAAGCAUCGCGCUCCGCCUUUGAUAAGCUACGGGCGCAGAUCAACGAGGAAACCGGGAAAGAUCUCGGGCUUGAUGAGACCGUGUAUGGGUUUAUCAAGGUUGCGAACGAGACCAUGGCGCGGCCGAUCAGAGCGUUGACUGAGGCGAGGGGAUACGCUACAGGAAAGCACAUCUUGGCGAGCUUUGGUGGCGCGGGUGGGCAGCACGCGUGCGAGAUCGCUGCGUUACUGGGUAUCAAGACGAUCUUGAUUCACCGGUACUCGUCUAUUCUCUCCGCUUACGGACUCGCGCUAGCAGACCGUGCGCAUGAAGUCCAAGAACCAGCCUCCUCGAUCUACAACUCCCAAACCGCACCCCAACUACACGCUCGCCUCGACGCCUUAUCCUCCCAAGUCACAUCAUCACUCAAGGAACAAGGCUUUGAUUCUACCCACAUCCACAUAGACCGAAUGCUCAACAUGCGCUUCGACGGUACCGACACAGCACUAAUGAUCCUCCCCACCGCCUCCGAAGGCACCGACUACCUCCAAGCCUUCAAACGCGCCUACCGAGCCGAAUUCGGAUUCGUACUCGAAGCGAAGAACGUUGUAGUGGACGACGUGAAAGUGCGCGGUACCGGCAAGACGUUCGACUCGCUGGGGCCGUCGGUGUUCGAGGAGCUCAAGACGCUCAAGACGGCUGCGGUUGCAGAGGCGAAGAUUGCGAGAAGGCAUUCGACGUAUUUUGAUCCGGCGCUUGGAGGGAGGAUCGAGGAUACGCCGGUUUAUGAGCUCGAUAAGUUGGAGAUUGGGGAGGUGGUUUGGGGUCCGGCAGUUGUCAUUGAUGAUACGCAGACGAUUGUGGUAGUUCCCGGUGCGAGGGCAAUUGUUACGAGGAGGCAUCUGGUGAUCAAGCUCGGCGAGGAGCAAUGA